CUCCUUUGCUGCUUUAACAGCGCACACGGAUCCCACGCAUCACGGUGUUGCUCUCUUUCGGUUCAAAAUCCCUCUCUCUCUCUCUCUCUCUCUCUCUUCUCUCUUCUCUGGCUCUAGGGGAGGGGACGACGAGCUUUCCGCUGCCACCAUGAAUCGCCGCCACGAUCCCAACCCUUUCGACGAGGAAGAAGAGGUCAAUCCCUUCUCGAAGGGUAAUGCUCCAGCAUCAAAGUCCCGUCUUCCUCCACUUGCAUCCGAACCCCUUGGCUUUGGUCAGAAACAUGAUGCAACAGUGGAUAUACCUCUGGAUACAAUGAAUGAUUCCAAGGAAAAAGUGAAAGAAUUAGCUUCCUGGGAAGCAGAUCUGAAAAGAAGAGAGAGGGAAAUAAAGCGAAGAGAAGAUGCUGUUGCUAAAGCUGGUGUCCCAUUGGAUGAUAAGAACUGGCCCCCCUUCUUUCCAAUUAUACAUCAUGAUAUAGCAAAUGAGAUACCAGUCCAUGCGCAGCGGCUUCAAUAUCUGGCUUUUGCAAGUUGGUUAGGUAUUGUUCUUUGCCUUGCUUUCAAUGUCAUUGCAGUGACCGUGUGUUGGGUUAGGGGCGGGGGUGUCAAAAUAUUUUUCCUUGCAAUUAUCUAUGCAUUGAUGGGAUGCCCACUGUCCUAUGUAUUGUGGUACAGGCCCCUAUACCGUGCAAUGAGGACUGACAGUGCAUUGAACUUUAGUUGGUUCUUCCUUUUCUAUUUGCUACAUGUUGGCUUUUGCGUAUUUGCUGCUAUUGCUCCACCAAUCGUCUUUCAUGGGAAAUCACUCACGGGUAUUCUCGCUGCAAUUGAUGUGUUUUCUGACCAUGUGUUGGUUGGGAUUUUCUACUUGGUUGGGUUCGCUUUAUUUUGCUUGGAGUCACUGCUGAGCUUGUGGGUUCUUCAGAAAACCUACAUGUAUUUCAGGGGACACAAGUGAUUUUCGAUCCUGGCAUCACUGGCUUGGGUUAGUCAGCCAUUGGAUGUUCGAGCUGCUUUAUUAUGAUGAGAUAUGCUCUUUCUUUUGUAAUUAUUAUAUUCAUUUACACAGUCAUGAGUACACUCUGGUAAUGUACCUUCCCCAUUUUGGGGAGAUUCGAAUUUGCCGUGCCUUUUUCCUUGGUGAUGUAGUUUUUAGUAUCCUUGGCUCAUCAUGCCUGCUUCUUGAUAGUAUAUUAAGGAUUUUAAUA